GGAGGGGUCCGUCAUUUUAAAGAAGUAAGAAGUUCCUGGUUUGCCAGAUAAUAAACCACCAGAUCCUCAAAAUGAAAAUCCAGUGCACUUUUAUUUGCUUCUUCUUCCUCCUCCCUCUGCAGUACGCUCUUCUCAAUGGCCAAAUCAUCGUCUACACGGGAACGGAGGGAGGGAAUGUCACAGUUACAUGCACCUUUUCUUUUCAUGGGAGCAAGAUGUUGUUCUGCAAGGAAGAGUGUAAAGAAGAGGACGUUCUCAUUGAAACAAAUAUUGUCAGAGCUCAGAGAGGCAGAUACAGCAUGGCAUAUGAAAAAGAUGACAGAAGAGGAUUAGUUUCAGUGACCGUCACACAUCUGACCAAGUCUGACUAUGGGCUGUACCGGUGUGGUUUGUAUGGUUUACAUCGAUAUACAUACAAGUAUAUCGAAAUUAUGGUAAUAGAUGCACUUCUGGAUGGAAAGACUUUUGAAGAAAAAACUCUGCGUACAAGAACUGGAGGAAGUAUUGUAGUUCAGUGCACCUUUGCUCAUGAUGAAAACAGGAAGUACUUCUGCAAGGACGAAUGUGGAGAAGACGACGUUCUUGUCCAGACAACUGGUGACAAAAAGCAGAAAGGCAGAUACAGCAUUGAAUAUGUGCCAGGACCUCCUCCUAUAGGAUCUCUGUAUGUGAGCAUCACACAGCUCACCGAGUCUGACUCGGGCAGGUACAGGUGUGCUCUGGACAGGCCUUUCUUAGUGGAUCCCUACCAGGAGUUUACCGUCGUUGUCACAGGUGAUCCAAUUACUCCAAAACCAGACUUGACCGUACCAGAUUUGUCUUUUCCGGUCCCUUCAGUCUCCACGCCGACAACGCAGAGUGUGAGCUCCGAGUCCGACCAACAGCAGACUGCACCAGCCGCAGGUGUUUGGCUGUAUGUGGGUCUGACUCUGGCUGUGAUGGUCAUCCUGUUAUCACUGGCUGUGCUGAUAUACUGCAGGAAGAGGUCUGCGAAACCCAAGGACCCUCCUGUGGAAACAUUGUACGCCCCUGUGUCACAGGACACCCAAGUGUACGAGAACAUCAGAGUGGACAGACAGAGCAGGUCGCCUCCCGUGGAAAUCUCCCACGCCAAAUACGACAGAACACAGGAAGCUGAGACCGACAUCGACUCAGACUCCGUCACUUCUUCUCAGAAUACAGUGGAACACGACUCCAGCCAACUCACCUACUCUGAGGUGAACUUUUCCAGCCGGCCUGUCGGCUGGUACAGCAGGUCGGUCGGUGGACAGGACGAUAAUGUUGUGUACUCUGUGCCUCGAACUUGAUCCGCCCCAAGAUGAUCCACCUGAACGUGAUCUGCCCCAAGGUGAUCUGCUGAGGGUGGAUGGGGUCUGAGGGCUGAUGUUUAAGUUUCUUUCUAAAGUAAAUUUUUUUUCUAAAUUAUUGAAGUAUUAUUAUCACUGUAAGUUAUUCUACUAUACUAUACUACAUACUUGAUGCUUUAGUUAAUAUCAUCAUUGCAUUACAACAUCAAAAGUAUGUAAGUAAAUCAGCAAAUAUAUACUUUAUAUAAUAUAUUAAAAUAUACUUUAGCCACUAAAAAUAAGUGCCUGAUAUGAUUUCAUACUUGUAUUACUCAAACAAGUGUGCAAAAGCAGGAUUUUACUGCUGCAGUCAGCUGGAGCUGCCUAAGGAUUAAUCAGUCAUCAUCUCACAGCCUGUGAAGCCAAGCAAGACAGCAGCUCAGGUAAGGCCGGACGUCAACCAAGAGUCCGAGAGGCGCCAGAGUGGCGGGUGAGGCGUUGUGGUCGGAGACCAGUGGUGAUGCAGUGAGGCAAAUGAACUGGUAGUCCACAGAGCAGAGUGGUAGGGAAUCCAGAAGACAACAGGAUCUGAGCUCGAAGAGGACCACAAACAUGACUGAACGAUCUGAAAAAGGUUUAGAGAACAAAUCAGCGUCUUCAAGCUGCUGGUUUGGGGUGGAGCUGAGUAGAGAAGAUGGAUGACUGGUGCGCCGGUGGGAUGGCGGGAAGAAGAGAACGGUCACCUCGGCCAACUGUAGACAAAUGCCAAACAGAAAGGACAGACCAACAGGAGUGGACCACAACAGAGUACUGACAAGUAGGAGUACCUCAGAUCUGUACUCCAGUUCGAUGCUUAGUCAUGUUGCACCACAAGCAUAAAACCAUUUACAAAGAAUGCAUAGUGUGUCGGGGUGAGAAGGCACUACAUGUAUUUGUAAAGCAGUAACAGACAGUAGAGGCCAACAGACCAACGGUCUGUUCUCUCCUUACACGUAUCUGUCCAAUGGGAAAUUCCACAUCGUCUGUGCUCGUCAGUGUGUUGUCACGUCUCGUGUGUCCGUCCGCUGCAUGGGGUAAGAGGAAACAAUGAUGACUAAGAUGAGACGUUGACAAGCUAAAAACAGAUCUCUGAUGACAAAAUGUACGAAACAGAAGUGAAGCAAGUGAAGAAUGCAGGAUGUUUUCCAGCUGUGCGGCGAGUUUGUCACUGAGGUUACAGCAAUCGUGUUGCUUCAACACCAGAAGGUUUGGGUCGUAACAUAAGUGAGCUGUGGACACACGUCAUU